ACGUUGUACACAGGAACCGGUUGCAAUAACGAUAUCCCAAGGGCUGCCGCUGCUCUGCUGCUGCCCUACGUUUAUCCCGAUCCAAAGCUGCUAAACGCUCUUAUAAAAUGGGCGUUAAGGGUCUCCAGCAAUUUGUGGACCAUUUCAGCCCAGGCGUGUGUGUGCCUGUGAACCUCAGGAAAAUGGCACAGCAACAUCAGUCCAAAAGCCAGCACGUACCUACGUCUACAGCCAAGAGCAGUCCCACACUAGUGGUGGAUGGCAUGGCCUGCCUGCGUUCCUGGUACUCCUGUGAGGACUGGGUGUGUGGGGGCCAGUGGAAGGAGUACAUGAGCAUCCUAGUACGCUGGGUAGAGGCCUUCACCAGCGCGGGCAUCAGGCUGGUCUUCUUUUUCGACGGGGUGGUGGAUGAACACAAGAGACCAGAGUGGGUGAGGAGGCGACACAGAGUCGACGGGGAGAUCUCCAAGGUCUUCCGUCACAUCCGAAUCCACGGGGUGCAGCCGGGGCGAGGGCUCUUCUGUCUCCCAUCUGGCCUGGCCACUUUCACACGCUUUGCCCUUAGGUCACUGGGUCAGGAGGUGUUUUGCUCGGUGCGAGAGGCUGACUAUGAGAUCGCCAGCUAUGCUCGUCGCCAUGGCAGCAUGGGCAUUCUGGGACAGGACUCCGACUUCAUCAUUUUUAACAGUGCCCCCUACCUGUCAGUGGCAAAGCUGAAUUUGGAUCAACUGACAACAGUCACCUACAACCAGGACAGCCUGUGCCAGACGUUGGGCCUGGCUGUUAACCAGCUACCUCUGCUGGCCUGUAUUCUAGGCAAUGACAUUGUGUCAGAGGAGCGGAUGCAGCAUAUUAGGAGCAAUGCUAUGGCCGCAUACAGGAGAGACCCUCUAUAUCCUGGUGCUUCCAAAGGGGAAAAGGUAUUCGCCGUAGCCCAGCUGGUACGCUCUGUGUGGGGCAGUGGAGCGGAGGACCCUGGGCUUAUCCCUCAGUCACUGUGUCUCUCAGACCCUGACCGAAAACUCCUGGAGAGGGGAGUUCACUCCUACUUACUCCCUGGACAGGGUCCUCUCCAUGGGGUCGACCUCCAAGACGUCCCCCAUGGUACCUCCUGUGUGAUGGAGAGAUAUGUCACUCCUAAAAUCUUAAAGGUGUGUAGGGAAAAGCACGUGACAGCGGAGAGCUUCAUGGUGUACAGCGUUGUGUUUGAAGGAGUGGUGGAGUGUAGCAACACUAUGGAGGACGAAGAGGACACCGAGCUGAUCCCUCAGGCCCUGGUCUAUAAGACCUGCAGGCAGCGGAUCUACGGCCUGCUGCUGCCCAGUGGUAAAGAAACCGGUACGCAGGGGCCAGCUGUCAAAGAGUGGUUUGUCUUUGCUGGAAACCCGCUGAAGGAACCUGAAUUAGUCCACCCUCUUCCUCUCAGCAUCUCAGAGGAUGAGCCAAGUCUGGAGUCAUUAUGGUUCGGCAGAGGGCCCGCACUGUCUGAUCCCCGUUUGGCGCACUUCUUGUCCAUCUUCGACUGCCAGGAGUUCUCGCCGCUGUAUGGCACCAUAGAAGAAGACUCACUCCUCGCCGUUCUGUGUCUGGUCACACACUUGGUGCUUCAGGUGCAGCAGCUAUCUCUAGAAGACUUGGAUGCUUAUCUCAGUCAAGCUGUGUGUGUAAGACACAGAUCCCACCAGGAGCUGCAGUGUAUUAAGCUGCCCUACCUCUCCGGUCGGGCCGUGCAGAUGGCCUCCCUCUACGUGCGGGGCCUCGGUCACCUGCUAGGGGCCAACUGUGCCUGUGGGGGCCCCCUGCCCAACGAUGCCCUGAUGCCUUGGCAGAGCUUCGACGGACGUCUGUUCCACAGCAAAUACCUGCUGGCUCACUCUGGCGCCGAUCACUCAGAGCUGGUGGACGACCACACCCCAUCUUUGGAUCUGUUUGUCAUCCUUCGAGAGAAAGUUCUGGAAGCUUGCAGGAAGCGGGGUAGGACUGUGCAGUCCAGACCCAGACCCAGUCCAGAUCCCCACCGGUCUGGGAUUCCAGCGCCAGGAUAUCCUCCCGGACACCAAGAUGGAUGGUUGGAAAGUGAGGGGCGUGCUGGAGCCUACCAGCGUGGG